AUAGCGUACGAUACAUCGCCACCACUUAAGGGACGAACUCUUCGGUAUCUGCACUUCAGUUACGCGCACCUCCCCUUCCUCCCCCCAUCCAAUGUGGCUGCCUGUCAAGGCCAAGUUCACGCAUUCGACUCCCAGGAUCUCAUCGACGUCUACAUCCCAGACGGCCCUGAGACCGUCCUCUACCGUUGCGAGCAGCAGCCGUGCCCAAAUCGGACACCCCGAUCAAUUGAGGAGGACUACCCUCGUUACAAGGCGAUCCGACGAGCGCAACAUCCGCUCGGUCCUCGAAGCACCCUUGCAUCUCGAUCCGCCUCGCGACACUCUCGCCCUGUCUCCCCUACCUCCCGCCUUCCUCAAACUGUCGUCGCCGGCCCAAGUCAAGCGCAAGGAGAUCUCCCUCCAGACCCUGUGCCAGAGCCUGAGCCUGAGAAGGAUGACAGUGAAGAAGGAGUCUUGGAGUCCGAGUCCAUGGAUCCUGCUCGGCCCACCUCGCCGACAGCGCUCGCCCCCGCGUCAGCAAUCCCUGACCGGAAGGCCACCACAGCCGCCUCCGCCCCCACAGCGUCCUCUGUCCCCCCCGACGCCGAUAAUGUCGUCCCCCGCAGCCAUCCCCGACAAGGAGACGUUGAAACUCCUCCUCCCACUCCAAUACGACAGCAAAACCGUCAUCGAGUGCAACCGGUUCCUAUCACAGCUACGCAUCUACUGGCUGGUCAACACGUCGUUGACCACCAUCGAGCUUAA